AUGGACCCUGUGGUUCCGCCGUCGGGUCGGAACCACGCGCCCCGUCCCCUGAGCGUCCUGGACGAAGAACGGCUCGAUGUCCUCGGCCAGAGGAGGGAACAGGAGACCCCACCGCUGUGGGAGACUCAGUUCCAGUGUGUGUGUACUCCCAGGUGCUCCAGCUCCAGGCUUAAGAGCUGUUUCCUCAGCUCUGUUCCUGUGUUCUCCUGGCUGCGGCGCUACUCCUUGCGAGACUGGGCAGCGGGAGACCUGGUGUCGGGCAUCAGCGUGGGCAUCAUGCACCUUCCUCAGGGGCUGGCCAACGCCCUGCUGGCAGCCGUCCCUCCUGCGUAUGGGCUCUACUCCUCUUUCUACCCCAUCCUGGUGUACUGCGCCUUCGGCUCUUCCCGACACGUCUCCGUCGGGACCUUCUCCAUUCUGGCCGUCAUGGUCGGCUCGGUGACGGAAGGCGUAACGUUGCCCGGAAACGGGACGACGGGUCACGAGGCUGCGGGGGGCGAUGUGGAGGGAGCCAGAGUCGCAGUGGCUUCUCAGCUCACGCUCCUGUCAGGGCUCAUACAGGUUGUCCUGUCUACACUAGGAGGAGGGGCCGUGUCCCGCUGGCUCUCGCAGCCCUUGGUGAAGGGCUACACCACCGCAGCCGCUCUCCACGUCCUCAUCCAUCAGCUACCCUUCCUCAUGGGCAUCCGAGUGGACAGACACAGCGGCUUCCUCUCCAUCGGCCGGACGCUGGUCGAUGUUCUCGUUCGCGUGUCCAAAUCGUCCCCUGGGACGCUGGUGGUCUCGGCGCUUUCCGCAGCGGCCCUGGUGGGGGGCAAGAUGCUCAACAGCCGCUUCAAGAGCCGGCUGCCGACACCCGUUCCCUGGGAGCUCUUCGUGAUCAUUCUGGCUACAGUCCUCUCAGCACACCUGAACUUGGCACAAGAGUACUCCGUACAGACAAUUGGGAGGAUACCUACAGGACUAUCGGCCCCAUCCCUGCCCCCCCUGGAGCAGUUCCGUGAGCUCCUGGCCCCCGCCCUGGCCCUGGCGGUGGUCGGCUUUGGGUUCACGGUGUCGCUGGGGAAGGUGUUCGCCUUGAAGCAUGGCUACAGCGUGGACAGCAACCAGGAGCUGCUCGCUCUGGGCCUCAGUAACUGCAUCGGGGGGGUCUUCCAGUGCUUUGCUGUCGGCGGCUCCAUAACCCGCAGUCUUGUCCAGGAGAGCACGGGUGGGAAAACGCAGCUGGCCGGCGCUGUGUCUUCUCUCGUCAUCCUGGUCGUUCUGCUGCGACUCGGGGGCGUCUUUGAGCAGCUGCCCAAGGCGGUGUUGGCCGUGGUCAUCGUGGUCAAUCUGCACGGGAUAUUUGGCCAGGCCAGAGAGGUGUCCUCCCUUUGGGCCUCUGACCGCUUGGACCUGCUGGUAUGGGUGCUGACCCUGGUUUUCACCUUGCUCUUCAACCUGGAUCUUGGCCUGGUUGCCUCCAUUGGCUUCUCCCUACUCACGGUCAUCUUCAGGACCCAGAACCCUAGGUGUGCUGUCCUGGGCCGCAUCCCUGAGACGGACUGCUACCGCGACCGUCGUCUGUACUCCAAGGCAGCACAGAUUCCCGGAGUGACCGUAUUCUCCUGCUCCGGCGCUUUAUACUUUGCCAACGCUGACCUUUAUUUCAGCGUCCUUCGAGAGGAGGUGCAGCGGGGGAGAGAGGGAAAUGCAGCGUCUUCGGAAUCCCUCCGAGGAGGAGCAGCGGGACACUGUCUGAUCCUGGAUCUUGGCGCCGUCGCCUUCAUGGACUCGGCUUCCGUCAACACGCUGCGCGCGACGGUAAAGGACAUGAAGGAACAAGGCAUCGCUGUGUGUCUGGCGGCUUGUCCAGAUGCCCUGAGGCGUCAGCUCCGAGCUCAGCUCUUUGACCCUGCUCUCGGGUUGCUGAUCUUCCCGUCGGUGCAUCAUGCAGUACAGCACCGUAGGAUAUCCACCCAGUCCUUCGAAAGAUCCACGUGCCCCAGCGGUUCCAGUGGAGACCUCUGGGAAUGAACAUAAACACACGCUCCACCUUUGAACUCGGACACACGAGCCCUCUCGUUGGACCCCAGCAGAGGCACCGAGAGCAUGGUUAAUGACCUGGGCAAAAUGCAGACGCACCGCUCUGGGCUUUCCUGAGCGCCGCGCCUCGGAAGACUGUUGCGUGAGCUCGAGAGGCGAACUGCAGACUCACGCUGACUUGAAGAGAGCGGCGACCAGGGGCCAAAGGGGGCCCCGGCGGCUGUUGGACUUCGGAGGACGCUGAGUAACAGACUCUUGCCUUGUGAAAAUCUCCUGUCGCUGAAUUAUGAGCUCAAUGGGCCCUGCAGGCACAUAUUUGUAAUCAUGUUUAUUUUACAUGGUUUUAUUGAACAGGAUAGCAAAGACCUCCGUCAUCGGGGCACGAGGAGAACUCUGCACAUGCAGAGCUGGAUUAAAACCCGGGACCCAUGAGGCACCAGCGCUGUAUGAGCGGGUCCCCUUGGUAGAAACGCGUCAAAUAAAAUAUUUUAGUGGAUAUUUGCAGAGCUGCAGAAUAGU